UUUAGCGCGAAAACAUUACGACUGCGUAGAACGUCUAGAGUCUUGCAUCUGUUCGUCUGUUACCUGAUGGCCUUAACCGAAAUGAAUGGUAUUAACCAUGGGUCCAUAUACUUGUAAAGAGUGUUCAGCAUUACAAAUUAUGGAACAGAGCCACACCACAGUGAUUUCAAAUUCUUUGACUAAUGGCAUAUCAAUACGUAAAAGCCAUUUUAAUGGUAUUAUUCCACCUAUGCCAUGGUUUGGUAUGGAUAUCGGAGGGACACUCUCAAAACUCGUAUUUUUCGAACCAAAAGAUGCGAUUUCAGAAAAAACUGAAGAUGAAACUCAACUCAUGUCCAAUGUUACUAAAUAUUUGACGAAAAAUUCUGCCUAUGGAAAAUCAGGACACAGAGAUGCACAUCAACAGAUGGACAAUGUGAAAAUUUGUAAUAGGAUAGGUACUUUGCACUUUAUCAGAUUUCCAACUAGUGAAAUGAACAAUUUUUUGGAACUAGCCAAAAGAAAAGGUAUGGCAGCAAGUGUAUCUACAGUUUGUGCUACUGGUGGUGGAGCUUUCAAAUUUGAAGAAAAUUUCAAAAAUGAAUUAAAUUUGAAGUUAUGCAAAUGUGAUGAAUUAGAUAGUUUGAUUCGCGGCUUAUUAUUUACAGUAGCUUCCAAUAAUAAUGAAUGUUACUUUUGGUCUCAAUGUACUGAAGAUGAACAGUGUUCAACUCAAGAGUAUACAUUCCAGUAUAAUAAAUAUCCAUUUAUCGUAGUAAAUAUAGGAUCUGGCGUAAGUGUUUUGGCAGUUUAUGGUCCAAAUAAUUAUAAAAGAAUUUCUGGAACCAGUAUAGGAGGUGGUACAUUUUUGGGAUUAUGUAGUUUGUUAACUGGAUGCAAUACAUUUGAGGAGGCUAUUGAAUUGGCUGCUAAUGGUGAUAAUACAAAAGUUGAUAAAUUGGUGCGUGACAUAUAUGGUGGUAGUUAUAGUCGAUUUGGUCUGCCUGGAGAAUUAGUAGCUAGCAGUUUUGGUCAUAUGAAUUCUAAAGAGAAACGGGCACAGGUUUCCAGAGAAGAUUUGGCUCGAGCAACUUUAGUUACCAUUACAAACAACAUUGCAUCAAUUGCAAGGAUGUGUGCAUUAAAUGAAAGAAUUGACAGAGUAUGCUUUGUUGGUAACUUUUUGCGAGUGAACCCAAUAUCAAUGAAGUUAUUAUCACAUGCAAUGGAUUAUUGGUCGAAUGGUUCACAAAAAGCUAUAUUUUUAAAUCACGAAGGUUACUUUGGUGCCAUUGGAUGUUUGUUAUCAUUUGAUGAGCGGUAUAAAGACUAAAAAGUAAUUUGUUGAAUGAUUUAACCAUUCAACACAUUCCACAUUGCCAAUCCAUUUUGAUUUCAGCUGGUUGUGGGUAGUGUAUUAUGAAUGAAUCAAAAUAUUUAUUUGUAUUUACUCUGACCUGGAUAGUAAUUAAUAUUAAUUUAUUUUAUAUUUAAGACAGCAUUGCAGUCAACAAAUCUCAUUGAUAAUUAAUUUUGGUGAUGUGUUUAUUUUUAAUUUACGAGAAAAAAUAUUAGUCUAUUGGUAUAAUUAGUUACCUGUGCUACAUAUUUAAUUGUU